GAAAUUGCGCAUAAAACCAAACGCUAAAGCAAGUCGCUGGUUUCAGUGCAUGAGUGUCUCAGGUCAAGUUCCAUUGUUAUGUUGCAAUACAGUGUUUUUUUCUGAUGUGAAGCUUCGUUUCAAUUUCUUGUUUCUUUAGCUCUAAUUUUAGGUUUUAAAAGUAAAGCUGAUGUCCUGUUUGUGUUCGAUCACAUUUAAGUGUCAAAGCAACAAAUGCACAAAGACAGAACAUCAAUGCAGGCAGUGUGUGUUGAUGAAUCAGGCAAACUGGAUGUGAAACAUAUUCCUCGGCCUGAAGCCAAAGAUGGGCAACUCCUCAUCAGAGUCGCUGCAACUGCUUUAAACAGAGCUGACCUGCUUCAGAAAAGGGGUGUUUACCCUCCUCCUCCUGGAGAGAGUGAGAUCUUGGGUCUGGAAGCCAGCGGUGUGAUCGCUGACAUCGGUCCUGGGGUCAAAGGGAGAUGGAUACUGGGAAGUGAAGUAAUGGCUUUACUUGGAGGAGGGGGCUAUGCAGAAUAUGUAGCUGUUCCAGAAGAACUCGUCAUGCCUGUCCCAUCACCCCUCACUCUUUAUCAAGCCGCAGCUCUUCCUGAGGCCUGGCUGACUGCCUACCAACUUUUGCACUUCAUAGCCAAAGUGAAGCCGAAUGAGACCGUAUUGAUUCAUGCUGGAGCGAGUGGAAUCGGUACUGCUGCCAUUCAGCUGGUUCGCUUGAGUCGUGCGAUUCCAGUAGUAACGGCAGGGAGUCCUGAAAAGCUCAGAUUUGCAGAGCAGAUGGGAGCAGCUACAGGAAUCAAUUACAAAGAAGAGGAUUUUUCAGAAAAAAUGCUGCAGUUUACUGAAGGCAAGGGAGUUGAUAUAAUUCUGGACUGUGUCGGUGGAUCUUUUUGGGAGAAGAACAUUUGUAGCCUUGCAAUAGAUGGACGAUGGGUGCUUUAUGGCAUGUUGGGAGGUAAAACAGCAGAUGGGGACUUGCUUGGCAAGCUUUUGAGGAAGAGAGGCCACCUCCUUUGCAGUCUCCUUAGAUCCAGAAGUUUACAGUAUAAAGCAGAGCUGGUCCGGAGUUUCACGGAGCAGGUUUUGCCGCACUUCCAGUCAGCAGAUCCUCCCUUGCAGCCUGUGAUAGACAGCAUGUUCAACAUGGAGGAUGUUGAAAUGGCUCAUCGACGUAUGGAGGCCAACCAAAAUAUUGGGAAAAUAAUUCUUAAAAUUGGUGUGAAAUUGGAGUGA